AUGCAGUUGGAACAUUGCCUCUCUCCCUCUGUCAUGCUCUCUAAGAAAUUCCUCAGUGUGAGCAGUAGUACUUUCCCCCAUCCUGGUGGAUCUGAGCUAGCUUUACAUGAUCAUCCCAUUAUCUCCACUGCUGACAGCCUGGAGAGAGGUUCAUCUCUGAAAAAAACUACCAGGGGGAUGACGAAUCAGUCAGAAGCAGACAAUUUCUCUGAAUCCAAAGACUCACCAGGGGAUGGCCAGAGGAGUAAGCUGUCUCCUGUCUUGGAUGGGGUCUCUGAGAUUCGUCAUAAUUUCGAUGGAUCUACAGCAGAUCGCUAUCUCCUCCCUCAGACCAGUCAGUCACAGUCUGCAUCCUCUGCUCCUUCCACUAUGUUCCCCUAUCCCAGCCAGCAUGGACCAGCUCACCCAGCCUUCUCCAUUGGGAGCCCCAGCCGAUACAUGGCUCACCACCCAGUCAUCACCAAUGGAGCUUACAACAGCCUCCUGGGCAAUUCUUCCCCACAAGGAUACCCGGGCACAGGAUACCCCUACACCCAGCAGUAUGGCCACUCGUACCAGGGGCCCCCUUUCUACCAGUUCUCUGCACCCCAGCCUGGCCUGGUACCUGGGAAAGCUCAGGUCUACCUCUGCAACAGGCCACUCUGGCUCAAAUUCCACAGGCACCAAACUGAGAUGAUCAUCACCAAACAAGGCAGGUAGGUACCAGGGCAGGGAGACAUGCCUGGCUCUUUAAACCAACCAGCACUUACCGACAUACUUGGUUUUAUUUUUCCAGCGACUUUUAGGGACCAAAUCUUAACCCCUGCGCGCACACACACCUACACUGGAUCUUGGUUUAAUUAUUGUUAGUUUUUUAUUAUUUUGUAGUUGUUCAUAUUUCACAAUAUUUACACUUCAUUCAUACACUCACAUAAUGGGCAUUGCAUCCAAAUGUUUCACAAUACAAAGGAUUUCUGUUGCUGUUAUUAUUAUUAUUAUUAUUAUUAUAUUUUUAAGCAUUAAUUAAGAUUUUGUAUGAUUUUUAAAUACCACGUCUGGUUAUCAUUACUGUCCUUUUUUUUCCCUGUUUUUAGCUUUUUACACUUUCAUUUUUGCUGUCCUUUUGUAGCCUUUAUAGAGCACUUUUUGUUUUUUUUCGUUUUUUUUUAAUUUAAUUUUAUUUUUAUAAAUGAUGUAUUUGCCUAAUUAUUCGGUGCAAUUUUAUUCAAUACAUUCCUUGUGCUCUUUCUCCCUCCCCUGCACCGCUAGACGCAUGUUUCCUUUCCUAAGUUUUAAUAUCUCCGGUCUGGACCCCACUGCACAUUAUAAUAUUUUUGUGGAUGUUAUCCUGGCUGACCCAAAUCACUGGCGAUUCCAAGGUGGGAAGUGGGUUCCUUGUGGCAAAGCGGACACCAAUGUGCAAGGCGAGUACCAAUUAACACGUUUCUUUUUAAAUCCCAGACACUUCUUUUUUUAGGUGAGAAACAUUAAUUAAAGCCUUUUGUGUUCAGACUAAGCAGCAUUUAUUGAGCAGAUGAUAGGGAAAAAAAUAAUUGAGGCUGUAGAAUAAAUAUGCAAAUGCUGAAUCUAAAGUAUAAAAUAAAUGAAAAUAAUAAAAUGAUUUUGAUUCGGUGAAGAUUUACAAUGUAUCUCUAAUAACAGGUAACAGGGUCUACAUGCACCCGGAUUCCCCAAAUACUGGAGCCCACUGGAUGAGACAGGAAAUCUCAUUUGGGAAAAUGAAAUUAACGAAUAACAAAGGCGCCUCUAAUAAUACUGGGCAGGUAGGUGCACUGAUAACAUCCCACUGAGCAGGGACAGUAAGUAGAUGUGAAACCCGUUCUAUCGAGUCUCUAGGCUUCCAGCACUAGAUUGGGAUGUAUUUAAUUAUAGCUUGUGUUUCAAUGUAGCCAUCUGUAACCUGCACUUGUGAAUAGUGGAAUCAAUCUGGAAUGAAUUAUUCUGCAAAAACUACAUUAGCUCUGCUAUCUUCUGACAUUUAAAAUAGUUACAUUUUUUUAUAACAGUGUGUUUAGAAAUAUUCUAUCUAUCUCUCUAUCUCUGAUACUAUAUGUAAUAGUCUCAUAGUGUCUAUUAAUUUUUUUUUUAAUUAAUUAAAAAAAUUUUUACAACAGUGUGUGUGUAGAAAUAUCUAGCUAGCCAUUUCUGAUACUAUAUGUAAGUCUCAUAGUGUUUUUUUUUUAAUGAAUUUUUUUUUAUAACAGUGUGUGCAGAAAUAGCUAUCUAUAUGUAAUAGUCUCAUAGUGUCUAUUAUUUUUUAUAUUAAUUUAAUAAAAAAAUUUUAUAACAGUGUGUGUGUGUGUGUGUGUGUAGAAAUAUCUAUUUAUCUAUCUCUGAUACUAUAUGUAAUAGUCUCAUAAGAUAUUAGUACAAGGAAGUUCUACAUUAUUCCAAUAGUUUUUGUAAUUCCUCUGCUGAGGAUUAUAUUUGUCAUUUAUUAAUUUUUUUAUGUGAGCGUAUUCUAGGAUUGGGGACAGUGAGGGCAGUGCUUAUUGUUGACAUGUAAUGAAAGUCCAAGUUCUCUCUGUUUUUCCAUUUGACAUAUUGCUAUGCUGUUUGACAGAUGGUGGUCUUGCAAUCCCUACACAAGUACCAGCCCCGGCUACAUGUGGUUGAAGUGAACGAAGAUGGCACAGAAGACACGACACAGCCUGGAAGAGUUCAGACCUUUACAUUCCCAGAGACCCAGUUUAUUGCAGUCACAGCCUACCAGAACACUGAUGUAAAUAACCCAUCAAAUAUUACAUUUUCCUAGCAGUCUGCAGUGGUUAUGGUAACUUGAGGCAGGUAGCCAGUGUCUUACAAUACAAAAAGAAAACACCCAACCUAGUUUGUAUUUCACUUUGAGUGCCAGAUGAAACUUCCUCACCCAUUAAAGGCCAGAUAUUGCAAAUACAGACCAGUUCUGACCACAAACCUCCUAAUAUUUUAUUUUAGAAAAUUACAAUUAAAAUUUGAAUUAAUUAGAAAAACCGAUCUGUUUUCUGUUUCUGUUUUGAUGUCAGAAUGCUGAGUAAAUGAUUGUUACAGUGGAGUCUGCGUGUUUUGUUUUGUUUUUUGUUUUACCUUCAGUAAAUGUUUGUUUGAUUAGCUUUUAAGUCAGUACAAUGAGUGUAUGAAAAAAUCUUGUUUGUGACAGCCAUAAAAGCCCAUUUAUUUUAUAGUUUUAUGCACAAAUCAGACAGGUAGGUCAGCUGAAAAAUAAGUGCAUAAAGGAAUGCCUGUGUGGAAAUAUUUUUGAGAAACAUCCAUUCACAGGUUAAAAAUGUGGUGUGUGUGUUUGGGGGGGGAGGGGGGUGAAGGAGAGAUUCACCACUUUCUGUAAAAACUCCUAGUUAACGUGUAUCAGGUAAUUAAGAAAGUGUUAAAAUGGCCUUUUCUGUUCUUGUAGAUCACACAGCUAAAAAUUGAUCACAAUCCAUUUGCAAAAGGAUUUCGGGACAAUUAUGACACGUAAGUAACAAUUCUGUAUUUAUUUAUCUUGUUUGUUUCACUUAAGCAAAAUAUGUAUUCAUACAGAUCGCAACAUUUAGAAAUACUAUUUUUUAUUUUUACUCUGUGGCUGUCGAUUUGGGUUUUUCCCCUUCUUGUUUUUAUAAGGAAAUGCCUGUAAUCUUUUUUGUAAAGUAAUUAACCACUCAAUGGGCACAAGACAAGCUGGAAUGACCUAUAUUACCUGCUGUACAAUUACUGAUGAGGAAUCUGUCUCAGAAAAUGCACAGCACAGACAGUUAGGAGAGAUUUUUAAUAUGUAUAUAUUUAUUUUUAAUUUUCUAGCCUGUCUAUAGAGACUUAGAAAUAUAAAGUAUUAGUGAUUUAUAUUACAUUGAAUGGAUGAAGGGCUGAAGAUCUAUUUUCUAAUAUAUAUUUGAUUACUUAUUGGUUAAUUCUAUACAGUUAACACUAACAUCCAGCAGUGCAGAGCAUGAUGAGAAUUGUAGUCCCUCGUGGCUGUCUGUCUGUCUGUGGGAUCAUGGUGUGAGAGUCACACUGUAGGCUGUAGGUUGCAGUUCCCAGUUCCUGGCAAUAAAUUGACUGUAUGGGGAUUAGAUUAGUUGACAAUAAUUUAGUUAUUGGCUAUCACUGCAAUCCAAGCUAUUGUGCUCGUUAACACGUUUGGGUUGAAAUGUACACCUUUUUAUAUUUCCAUUUUAUUUACUGCUAUAUUGUAUAUUUGUAUAUGUUUGGAGUUUUUUGCUGUAAACAAAACAAACAUGUAUAAAAUAUAUAUAUAUUUUUUCAAUAUCACCACUUCUACUUUUUUUUCUUUUUCGGCAUAAUUAUACAUAAUACUUCGUUAAGUAUAUAAAUAAUGUAUACUUUAGAUUUGAAUAUAAUCACACACCCCGUUUAUGUAUUGUUACAAAGAUACAGAAGGAAUUAUUGGAAAUGGUACCAAAAUGAUAUUUUUCAUAACUAGAAUCCUUAUUUGAUGACCGAGUAUUUCAUAUUCUGCAUUUUGAAAGCCUGAUUAUGUAAAUCCUAUAUACUUACUCAGCUAAUCAGGUUCUGAAAGUACAACAUAUAAUGCACUUUGUCCUUAUAUAGCGAUGAUAUAUUAUAGAUAUACUGCAGACUACAUUUAAACCACAGUGCAUGCAUUCAAGCAGGGUGAUAUAUCACACAAAAUACUAUAUCCUGUGUAUUUUAUAUUUUAAAAACACUAUAUAUACGUAUAUAUAUGUGUGUAUGUACAAACUCUCAGAAUCAUAUAGAGUAGUUUACCACAAUAUGCAGAUCUAGCGUGCAAGGUAUUUAUCACACUGUGUUCUGUUCAGUGGAUAUUCAGUUUCAUUGUAAUAUUUACACUAAAUAUCUAGUGUAUACAGUACAAUGUAUUUACAGUAGUAUAUUCAGUGUACAGUACAAUGUAUUCAAUGUAUAUCCGGGGUACUGUUCAAUGUAUUUUCAGUGUACAAUACAUUUACAGUGUAUAUCCAGGGUACAGUACAAUGUAUUUUCAGUAUACAGUACAAUAUAUUUAGUGUAUAUCUAUUCAGGGUACAGUACAAUGUAUUUUCAGUAUACAGUACAAUGUAUUUACAGUACAAUAUAUUUAGUGUAUAUCGAUUCAGGGUACAGUACAAUAUAUUUACUGUUUAUAUCUAUUCAGGGUACAGUACAAUGUAUUUUCAGUAUACAGUACAAUGUAUUUACAGUACAAUAUAUUUAGUGUAUAUCGAUUCAGGGUACAGUACAAUAUAUUUACUGUUUAUAUCUAUUCAGGGUACAGUACAAUGUAUUUUCAGUAUACAGUACAAUGUAUUUACAGUACAAUAUAUUUAGUGUAUAUCGAUUCAGGGUACAGUACAAUAUAUUUACUGUUUAUAUCUAUUCAGGGUACAGUACAAUGUAUUUUCAGUAUACAGUACAAUGUAUUUACAGUACAAUGUAUUUAGUGUAUAUCUAUUCAGGGUACAGUACAAUGUAUUUUCAGUACAAUAUAUUUAGUGUAUAUCUAUUCAGGAUACAGUACGAUAUAUUUACUGUGUAUAUCUAUUCAGUAUACAGUACAAUGUACAAUGUAUUUACAAUAGUGUAUACAGUACAAUAUAUUUAUAGCGUUUAUGUAUUUAGUGUACAGUACAAUGUAUUUACAAUAUAGUAUAUCUAUCACUAUACACUAUAUAUUAUUUUUAGUGGACGUAUCUGCUAUCUAUCGAUCUGUUAUUAUACUCGUAAUAGUAACUCACUGUGUGAUAUCAGACUCUGUAUGAGAUAUAUUGCAGUGAGUACACACACACACACACACACACACACACACACACACACACACACGGUAGUAUUUAAAUUAUAUCACAGUCUGCACACUGUCAGCCAGUGUAUCCAUAUUCACCAACAGAAAUAUACUCUGCUCACUAUAUACUGAUGUCUCUACACAAAAGUACAAAUGAUAACCUGCUCAAUACACUGAGUGCCCUCUGCUUGCUCCACUCUCCUCCCCUUCUCUCCCAUCCCCUCCCGCUGAGCCUCAAAUCUGGGCAAAAAAACAUAUUUCGUUUUUUCUGUAAACUAAGUUUCCAUGUGAGUAUAUUAAUAGUAUAUCCUGAUGAGGCCCGAAUCCUGUGUGAUCUUUUCUGGGCAUUGAAGAAACUAGCUUUGUUCACAAACUGGACCAGCGAUUCACACAUUUUAGGCCAAUUAAUAGAUCUUCAAAAUACUUUUAAUGUUGGCUAAAUUGUCCUGUAAUGUGUCUUCCCCUGUCCUGCUCAGUUUUACCAAAUAAACCCUUAAAACAGAAAUUGUGGUGCAUUGACAAAGGAUCUGUAAAAUUUAGGCCAUAAAGCUAAUUUGGUGAUUUUUUUUUUUUCCAAAUUUUGACUAUUUUGACCAAACAUUUGGAAUUUCAUUGUCAAUCCCCCACACUUUCUAUUUAUUGUGAAACCCUCAAAAGUUUGUUCACUUUAAACACAAGGUUUCGUUGGCAUCUGAUCCUGCUAAAAGCCAGAUUCUUUUUAUUACAACCAUUUAUAUGUGUAUUAAACUAUAACCCCCAUUCCCUUCAAUAACCCAUUCGAGCGAGUUUAUUCACUAAACAGUGAAUUGUUGUGAUGUAUAAAACAAAUCGCAAAAAAAAAAUAGAUGAUUUUUAAAAAAUUAUAAAAAAAAAAUUAGGGCAACUGCACUCUAGUCACAGCCUGGAUCUUUUAGGCAGAAUCUUGCAGUUUGGUUUUAAUUUCACUGCAAUACGCUUUUUAGUGAAUAGCAACUCGCGUUUUUUUAUCACCACCUUUAUGUUGACCGGAUACAACACUCGUGUUUUGUUUUAUUUCUUCUGUUAAAACAAGUAGUGAGAAGCCUGUACAACUUUAUUUUAUUGAUAAUACUUUUGUCAAUGUUUGUAAUUUAAUCAGUGUGAUACAAAGUGACCACUUUCUUUUUUUAUGGACGUUCUAUAUUAGCUAGGCUGCUACAUACCUUGGGUCACUUACCUAGGCGGCUCAGUAUGGGUCACUAUAUGUUAUGUACAUACCUUGGGUCACUUACCUAGGCGGCUCAGUAUGGAUCUCUAUAUGUGAUGUACAUACCUUGGGUCACUUACCUAGGCUGCUCAGUAUGGAUCUCUGUAUGUUAUGUACAUACCUUGGGUCACUUACCUAGGCUGCUCAGUAUGGAUCUCUAUAUGUUAUGUACAUACCUUGGGUCACUUACCUAGGCUGCUCAGUAUGGAUCUCUAUAUGUGAUGUACAUACCUUGGGUCACUUACCUAGGCUGCUCAGUAUGGAUCUCUAUAUGUUAUGUACAUACCUUGGGUCACUUACCUAGGCUGCUCAGUAUGGAUCUCUGCAUGUUAUGUACAUAGCUUGGGUCAGUAUGGAUCUCUGCAUGUUAUGUACAUAGCUUGGGUCAUAUUGUUGCUUAGUAUGGAUAUCUGUAUGGCCUGAAUCACAUAACUUACCUGCUCACUAUGGAUCACAUGAUGCUGUGUACAUACCUUGGGUCAUGUAGCCAGGGUGUUCAGUAUGGAUCUCUGCAUGGUGUAUUAAAACCUUGGGUCAUAUGGUGAGAAUGGUCAGUAUGGGUCACUGUAUGAUGUGUACUUACCUCCAGCCAGGUAGCUAGGCUGCUCAGUGUGGGUCACUGUAUGAUGUGUACUUACCUCCAGUCAGGUAGCUAGGCUGCUCAGUGUGGGUCACUAUAUGAUGUGUACUUACUUCCAGUCAGGUAGCUAGGCUGCUCAGUGUGGGUCACUGGAUGAUGUGUACUUACCUCAAGCCAGGUAGCUAGGCUGCUCAGUGUGGGUCACUGGAUGAUGUGUACUUACCUCCAGUCAGGUAGCUAGGCUGCUCAGUGUGGGUCACUGGAUGAUGUGUACUUACCUCCAGUCAGGUAGCUAGGCUGCUCAGUGUGGGUCACUGGAUGAUGUGUACUUACCUCCAGCCAGGUAGCUAGGCUGCUCAGUGUGGGUCACUGGAUGAUGUGUACUUACCUCCAGUCAGGUAGCUAGGCUGCUCAGUGUGGGUCACUGUAUGAUGUGUACUUACCUCCAGCCAGGUAGCUAGGCUGCUCAGUACGGGUCACUAUAUAUAUAUGUGUAACUGUAUGAUGUGUACUUACCUCCAGCCAGGUAGCUAGGCUGCUCAGUACGGGUCACUAUAUAUAUGUGUAACUGUAUGAUGUGUACUUACCUCCAGUCAGGUAGCUAGGCUGCUCAGUGUGGGUCACUGGAUGAUGUGUACUUACCUCCAGUCAGGUAGCUAGGCUGCUCAGUGUGGGUCACUGGAUGAUGUGUACUUACCUCCAGCCAGGUAGCUAGGCUGCUCAGUGUGGGUCACUGGAUGAUGUGUACUUACCUCCAGUCAGGUAGCUAGGCUGCUUAAUAUAGAUCUUUCUGGUCUAUAACUGGCCUGGUAUGUUCUGCGUUUGUUAAAUUUUUCUUCGUUAUGGAAAUUCAAUAGGUUUUUUUUUUUUUUUUUUAUCCCAAAAAAUGAAGUAAAAUAAAACAAAAGUAAUCAUUGUAAACUGUGUCAUUAACCUCAAUUAACAGCCAGUCUCUCCAUUGUGUUGUAUAGUCUGAUGUUUGUUGCUAGAUAACUAUUUCAGUAAUCGCCCUGGAGAAUAUCAGACACUUGGUGUAGAAUGAUAAAAUAAUUCUAAUAUUUCCAGUAAGGUUAAUAUCUGUAAUACAGGCUUCACCUGAUGGAUCUAAAGGAGAAAAUAUAAACCAGCAUAUUAUAGCUUGCUACAAUACACCUAUAGCUAUUCAUCAACAAUAACGUUAUCACUGCAGACAGAGAUAUACAAUUACUUUAUUAUAACAGGGUGCAAUAAUGACUUCAUUACGGCUCAUGGGAUGCAAUAAUAGCGUUAUUAAAGGGAGGGAGUCAGUGAUAAUUGUAUUAUUACAGUGGGUGUGGUGCUAUAAUAUCUUUAUUACAUUGGGUGUGAAUACAGGUGUAAGGGGGAAAUAAUAACCUUAUUACAUUGUUGGUAUAAUAACGUUAUUACAUUGGGGUAUAAGAACUCUUACACUGAGGGUAUGAUUUUAUGAUUUUGUUACACUGAGUGGAUCUAUAAAACAUUGUUGCAUUGAGGUAUAAUAACUUUAUUACGAUAGAUGGGGGUAUAAUAAUAAUAAAUGACUUAAUGAAAGUGGAUGGGGGUAUAAAAGUACCUUUAUAACAUUGGGUGUAAUAGCUUUAUUAUGACACUGGGUUGCACAUUCUUAUUACACCCAGUUGGAUAAUGAUUUCUUUAUAUCUUUCAGGAUCUACACUGGAUGUGACCUGGACCGCCUCACUCCAUCCCCCAAUGACUCCCCGCGGUCCCAGAUUGUACCCGGUGCUCGAUACUCCAUGGCCACUUCCUUCCUGCAGGACCAGUUUGUUAGUAACUACGCGAAAUCCCGUUUCCAUCCUCCAGGCUCAGUGCCUGGGCCAGGAAGUGACCGCAGUGUCCCUCACACAAAUGGCUUGCUGUCCCCACAACAAGAAGAUCCAAGUGCCCCUUCUCCACAACGCUGGUUUGUAACCCCAGCCAACAACCGCUUGGACUUCACUACCGCCUCUGCCUACGAUACGGCAACGGACUUCGCUGGCAACGCGGCCACCCUCCUAUCAUACGCGGCCGCAGGCGUGAAAGCCCUGCCCCUGCCGAGCGCUGGCUGCGCUGCCCGCCCCCUGGGAUACUACAGCGACCCAACUGGCUGGGGAGCGCGGAGCCCUCCGCAAUACUGCACCAAAUCUGGUUCUGUGCUCUCCUGCUGGGCCCCGUCAGGUAGGGUGGGAGCUGCCAACCCCUAUUUAGCAGCUAGCGGUGAAGCUGACAGUUUGACUGCAGACAGGUCUCCUCUGGGGGAGGACACAAAACCCAAAGACCUGUCUGACUCCAGUUGGAUCGAGACACCUCCUUCCAUCAAGUCCAUGGACUCUUCUGACUCCGGGAUUUAUGAACAGGUCAAGAGAAGAAGACUCUCCCCCUCUAACCCUACAGUGUCAGACAGCUCCUCUCCCCUCAAAAGUGAGGUGCUGCCCUCCAGAGACUGUGAGAAGAACUGUGCCAAGGACUUAGGUUAUUAUGGAUUUUAUACCCACACCUAAACUUUAUCACCCACACCCUGAAAUUCAACUAGCAAGGCAGAAUACCUGGAGGACAAUCACUCUGAUCAUGUUCAUUAUAAUGAUUAUAUGUGGUGCCCUGGGAUCUGCAAUCACAGCACUGACAUUUUGAGUAUGAGGUUUGCAUAGCUUCACCCCUCUAUAGCACCCCCUUACUGCCAUCUGUGGGGCUACCAGGACACUCAUAAACUCUCUGUAGCCUCCUUACUGGAUUCACAGCACUGACACCUUCAUUCACUUGAGCCUUGUGUCUGUUCACCCCCUUCAUUCUCUUCCCUUAAACAACUACACAGUGAUCUUGGCACCACAAAGGUCAUACUGGCGACUGUUAGGCGACAGGGAUUGCGACCAGAGAACAAGCAGCAUAGUCAGCAGUGCAGCUUUUGGGACCAGCACUUCCACGGUUUUCUGAGAGUAGAUGCCUCUUUGUAGCAGUCUUGAUUGGAUCCUAAGCUAAAAUCCAGACAGAACUUCUUCCCAAGGUCAUUGCUUUUCAUGGUAGAUUGCAAAGAAGGUAUGAAUGACUGUACGCAUGGGGCAGUCGCCACUCACCAGAACAGUUCGCUCUUGUAAGCUUUCAAGUUAAGUUUUUAUUAAAUUUACACACAAAGAGAGAUCAGAAACGCUUACAAUGCUCGCAGACCAC